GCAGAUGACGGCGGCAACGUCUGUUUCCCGCGUCCUCGAUGAAAUGUGUUGUAGUCAGUAAUGAUUGUUGGAGCGCUGCCGACAAUAUUUUAACAGCUACGAUUUACUUACGUAUUCUGUGUGCGUGUAACAUGUGGUCUCUUGCACAAUACUACCCCGCAAAUUACCUCAACUUCGACUGAGGUGACCUGCUUCUUCAUUCUUUUGAGGCUCAAAGCAUCUAUGGCAGUGAACGCUGUAUGUAGCACAAACUCAGUGUGGAUCACCAACAUUGACGCAAAUAUGGCCGCCGUGGUUCGUGCGGGUUUCUGCGAGAGAGUCUUCUGCUUUCGGUCUCAAGUUGGGCUUUGCUCGCCGAUUUGUAACGCAGCUUACAGUGGUAAUGUUAGGAGGAAAAGCUACGCGAUUCAGUACACGGAGUUUGGCGAUCCAAACAAAGUGCUGCAGAAAGUUGAAGUGGAGAGGGAGAAAGUUGGACCGGAGGAUGUCGGUGUGAAAGUGCUUGCGGCACCCAUAAAUCCUGCCGAUAUAAAUAUAAUUCAGGGUACCUACGGAGUGAAGCCCAAGCUUCCCGCAAUCGCAGGCCUUGAAGGGGUUGCUCAAGUUACGGAGGUUGGAAGUAAUGUAAAAAAUCUAAGCGCAGGAAAUUGGGUGUUAAUGCCCGGAGACAAAAUGGGAACGUGGAGACAACAUGGAGUUGCGAACCACAAAAAGUUCCGUAAGAUCUCCGACAAGCUGGGCCUCGUGACGGCAGCAACACUCACCGUAAACCCGCCCACGGCGUACCGAAUGUUAUCGGACUUUGUGAAGCUCGAGCCUGGGGACACGUUUAUACAAAAUGGUGCAAACAGUGGAGUCGGACAGGCUGCCAUUCAGAUUGGCAAGUGCAUGGGCCUCAAGUCUAUCAAUGUUGUGAGGAACAGACCUAACCUGGAAGAGCUGAAGAAGUCUCUCCAGGCUCUUGGCGCAGACCAUGUCGUAACGGAAGAGGACCUCCGGACGGACGUCAUGAAAAACGUCCUCUCGGCAGUGCCCCCACCGAGACUGGGCCUGAACUGCGUCGGCGGCAAGGCCACGUCGGACAUGAUGCGCCACCUGGCGAACGACGCCACCAUCGUCACGUACGGCGGAAUGUCGCGCCAGCCCCUCACGGUGUCCGUGGCUGCCCUCAUCUUCAAGAACCUGAAGGCCGUGGGGUUCUGGCGAACCCACUGGGCGAAGCUGCACUCGAUGACGAAGGUGGACGACGAAAUGUACGACUUUCUGACUCGGAUCGCCCUAGACGGGAAGUUGCGGCCCCCUGCGCACAACACUGUGCCGCUGGACAAUUUCCAGGAAGCUGUGAGGAAAUCUAUGGAAGCUUUCACUGGCGCAAAACAGAUACUGGUCAUGGAUGAGUCUGGCAGUGUCUGACCCUCAGCAUGCUGAAGAGGGGAUGUUUGUUUUUCUUUUUGUUACAAGUGAGCUUACCUGGUACUUUUCUGUAUGAUGUAACAGGGUACAUUUAUAUUGAAUCAUCGGUAGCAAUGACUUGCAAGCAUUUCCACACAGCGCAUUGAUGUGGUGCUGCACAUUUUUGUAGCUGGCAUUCCGCGGAACGUCGUACAUGUUUUGGAUGAUGAAUUAUCGUGAAAGAUGUACAUUAAAAUAUAUAAUAUUGUAAGCAAAA